AUGGACGCGCAGCAGAACACUAACGGGCCCCAGGUAGUCGAAACGGACGGCCCUGCGGCAGCGGGCGCGGGCGCAGCAGCGGCAGCACACGCACCAGGCGACGCAGCACAGCUCGACGCCGCCGCCGUGGCGCAGCACGGCAGCGGUCCCAGCGGCGGCGAGGAGGAGCAGCGGGACGAGGACGAGGACGCCGCGUUCCAGGAUGCCCUAGAGCAUAGCGAGGGCGCCGGCGCAGAGGCAGACGGCGGCGGCAGCGACGGCGGCGGCAACGAUGAUGGCAACGCCAUCCAACACCAGCACCAUCACCACGAAGACGACGAAGAUGAUGAUGAGGAGGAGGAAGAGGAGGACGAGGAGGAGGAGGAAGAGGAGGAGGAGGAGGAGGAGGAGGAGGGCGACGGCCCUGCGUCCUGGGUGGUGGAGGACCCGGUGGCAGACGCCGGCCUGGGCAAGCACGGAU